UGGUUCAUUCAUUUUCAUUUCAUUCAUUCAUAUUUCUCAUUUGAUUUGAAGUUUUGUGGGAUUUGGUCAAAUAAAAUUGCUGUGACGACUGUGACUGUGAAUGCUGUGUACUUUCCUCCAUUUUGUUUUAAAUUCAGUGAUUUGCGUAUAAUUUCAAAUUUUGAUUACUCCCGUAGUGACUUCAGUUCAGCGAAUAAUUUAAAUUUUUAAUCGAAGUAUUCUUGAUUAUCAACUUGGUAUUCGCUUCGGAACUUCAACUUCCUUCGCGUUGAUACGAAACCUCUCGCAAGGAUGGCAGGCCGUCAAGGUAAUAUGAACGCGAACCGUUUCGGCUUCGGUAAUCAGAAGAAACCCAUGAUGCAGAAUCAGAAUAGGAAUCGUUUAUCUGGAGGCAAACCGAAUAAUUAUUCGGGCGGAGGAUUAAUGAAUCAAGUCAACCAAGUCAACCCGUGGUUAUCUACUAGUAACAACAACGCCUCAUCGUAUAAUUCGAUGGGCAGGAAUAUCGUGAAUGAUCCUCAAGCUCAGCUAGCUCUGGCCAGUAAUUUACUCAACAACUUGUUAUCCCCGUCGCAGCUGAAUAAUCUAUCGCAGGAUAAGAAUGCUCUAAAGAGGAUGAAUUCUUUUCAGCCGCCUUCUCUGCUCAGUCUUGGCAACAUGUCGAACUCGAGAUCAGGUUUUGGAGGCAAUCAAUCUUACAAUCGUGACCGUUUCAAUCAUGGAAGACCUAAUCAAGGCAAAGUUCAAAAACGAGAUGAUUUCAAGAACCAAAACAAUAAGAACAAACGUUUCGGAAACGAUCGCAAGAAUGCUGGUUUGAAAAAACCUGAUCAGUCUGAUAAGAAAUCCGCUGGUGACGCGAAAAAUGUACAAGAGAAAAAGGAUACUACUACUAUCGGUUCUGCUACCGCUUCUUCUGUAACUACUUCUACCGUUUCUACGACAGAUAUUAAGGAAGAAGUCAAAGUCGAUAACGCAGAUAAACUAGAGCAACCCGUGAGUGCGGGCAAAGGGAAGAAAAAAGGAAAGAAGGCUGCGAAUGAAAAGAAACCCGAAACUGCUAAAAAAGACGAAGACUCGAAAAAAACAGAAGAGAUUAAAACGAGCUACAGUGAAGUACCUCCGGCGCUGUUAUUCUGUCAUAUUUGUCGUAAACAUAUGUGGGAUGAUUCGUCUUUCGAGAAGCAUUUAGAAGGUAGGCCGCAUAAGAUGAUGGUAGAAGAGUUGGAUCAAAGUUAUAAGUUGAAGGUGGAUUUGUUACGUCACGACAUGCGUGUCACUGAGCAGCAGAGGGAGAAUGAUAUACAACGAGCGCAGCGUAAAGGCAAAAGCAACAUGAAAACGCAGCAGAGAGGAUUCUGUACUAUGUGCGAUUUGAGCUUCCUCGGAAUGUUACCGGCUCAUAGGAAAAAUGAAAAACAUCAGAAAUUGAAGAAAUUCCUGCACCCAAAAUGCACCGCGUGUUCGAAAGAAUUCUACACCAGAUUGGAAUGGGAUGAUCAUAAAUUAACGGCAGCCCAUUUGAAAAAGUUGGCAGAAAUCAGAAAUGCCCGAAGACCUGAUCUGCAAGAUUCCGAAUUCGAUAUCGCCGAUUUUAUCGAAGAUGUUAACGAUGAAAUCGAAGCCGAAGGAGCAGAUAUUAAAGUGAGUGGUAAAAGAGAGACGUUGGAAGAGCUGCAGGGUGGCACGAAAGAAGUCGAAGGUGAUGCGGUUGGAAAUAACAGCGUUACAGCUGCCGAUGGCGAAGGUGAAGAUAAUGUUGAUGAGAACGAUAAAGAAGGUAAAGCUGAGGACGACGAGGAAGCGAAGAAAUUGCCAAAGUAUAGUGCGGGAAUCCCAGUCGGAGAGAACUUUGUCGUUGAUAAAACUGGUCAUUUAUGCCGAGCGUGUAAUCGGUUCAUGUUUACUCCGGAAGAUAUUAAAAUUCAUUGCCAAACUGUUGUCCAUUACAAUAAUACGAUUAAAAUUUUGAAAGCGCAGAAUAAAAUCGUUCGUAAACGACGAUUGAACGAGUCAACGACGACGAAAAAUGACGACGAGAAAACAGCCACCGGAGGAAAUGACGAAAACGCAAAACGAUUAAAACUAGACGAAACUGUAUCCUCAGAUAAAGAACUAAACGGUACGGUAAACGAGUCGAUGGAAGUAGACGCACCGGCCGCGGCAGAGCCAGCGCCAGCGCCGGAGACAAACUCUACAGCAGGAUCUGAACAAUACGACCCGGAGAACCCGGAAAGUGAGAAUGAAAAAGAUAGUGAUGUGGGUGAUCAGCAACUCGAGCUAGAUCACGAUGUAAAAGAGAGUAAAGUCGUAGUUGAAGAUGGUAAGCAAGAAGAACGUGCCGAAGAGCCUGUCCAGGAGGAACCGUUGCAGACAUCGCCUGUAAAACAAGGAAGAAAGCCACCGGGUAGGUCGCCCGCUGGACGUGGUCCGAGAGCUCGUCGAGGUCGCCGUUAGUUCUGCCAGCAGUGAAAUUUGCGCAGGUCCUUCGGUAUGGGGAUGCUCUUAAGGUGUGUCAUUCGACCAACUAUCUCGUAUCUAUCCCUCAUUUCGUCCAUGUAUGGUACAUGACGUUGUGUAUUAUGCUGCGUUUGAUCUAGUUUUACUAUUAUUACAUUACUACGAUAUGUUUAAAUUUUAAUUUUUCUCCAUUUCACGAACUAUUGAAAUGUUCAUUUUUAUUUUGACAUUUAUGAUUUGUACGAUUUUGUAUUGCUUUGUUUAUUUAUUUUUUUUGUUUUUGAACGUUGUGUGAGUGUUGGAGUGUACUGUAACUUGUGUAAGUGUAAGAGACGUGAUCUUGGUAUUUGAUUUUUUCGUAUUUUAGAUUUUUAUUUGUCGAAUGGGUUUUGAGUCAUGUUUAAUAAUCGUAAUAGUGCGUAGUGCUCUAUGCAAAUCUUCAGUUUUCUGCAGGUCCAAUCAGGUUACAAUACUCUCGUUUAUUAUUCCAUUAGUGUUUUCUGUUCUGUUCGUUUUUUAUUUUUGCCGAGUUGCAAACGUUGAUCACAGUAAUUCUAUAUUGUUUUCCUAUUUAAGUAGGUAAUUUAGAAAAAUAUACAAGUUAAGUACUGCCGAA